GCACGUCACGACCACAGCCACGGACACGGCUCCCACGCUCACGAGGAUCACGACGAGGAGGAAGGGCUGGUGUCUCCGGCGAAGCUUGGAGAGCAGGCACCGGCGAGCGAGCCUUUCUCGGCAACAACCACAGAGUCAACAGCAGCAGCAGUAGCAUCAACACAGUGGCUUGGGAGACGUGGGCCCACCGUUGAACACUAUUAGCAGCAGCAGCAGUGGUGCUUCCAGCAUGGCGGGGGGCCAGGACGAAUACGGGAAUCAGCAGGGGGAGACGGGGGGGCGACGGCGGCAGUCGACAGGACGCUUUAAUUGUGCCGCCAUGUUGCCCUAGCACCAGAAGAAACUCUGGCUUCGAUUCACCGAAAAUCUACAAGCAACCGAGUUGAGUCUCGGCCAUGAGCGCGGUAUCACGUUGUCUGCGGUGGCCAGUUUUUUGUAGUUGGGUUUGUUGCAGGUUCCUCAGGGACGGGGGGGACUGUGUGAGCUGGGGGGCCAGAUGCGUACACAUGAGAGACAGUCGUCUCUACAUACUGUACGUCGGUAGUAGCCGAAGGAUUGGUGGAGGUUUCCAAAUCCCAAAUCCGCCCCUGGAGUAUAGACUAGUACGAGAAAAGUUUUUUCGUGACAAUCUUAAUUGCAUGAGGUGUGUAUUCAUUGAUUUUCGAAGCGACCUACUGUAGCGACUGCAUGCAAAUGGUUUGCGACGACAGCCUUUGAUUCACCAGAUAUAUGUACUCAACGAGUAUUGGCGUCAGUAGCGUACUCGGGCAAUCUGACCUUGUUGAUCAAGCCACCACCCCAUUGACUUGACAAGCUCACCCUUCAGAACUUUCUCCUUUCGCCUCUCAGUCCAUGUGACGACCUCACCUUACGGACAUUCCUCGUUCAUGUGAUGAGCUCACCCUUUUAGAAGUUUCUCCUCUUUUUUUAUCUCGGUACAUAUGAGCUCACCCUAGGGCUUUUUUGUUUUUGUUCUCGGCAUAGACUAUAUGACGAGCUCACCCUUUUAAAGUUUCCCUCUUUUUCGCUCUCGGUGAUCAACUUGUUCGUGCAGCCCUGCGCGCACGAAUCAUGUGGACGGCGCCAUUCGUUCUCUUUGAGUAAUGGAGAGGAGGGAGCCUUCAUCUUACAGUGGGUGUUUGUUGACAACGACUGUUUCGUAUAUGUGUUUUGCGAGAGUGGGUGUGUUACUCGCUCCCCCGGCCCGCGAAAAACCGGCAUAUCGCUCCGUCCUGGCAUUGCCAGGAUGCGAGGGCAACGGUCGGACGACUACGGCGUGCGGUACAUGAGUACCAUACCCCCGGUGUAGUUCUGUCGUGCGGAAUGCCAAGUGUUCGCGUCGCGCGUCGAAAGUAGUCACCGGGUUGUUGAGCAGAAGGAAGCGCAGCGUGGUGUGUCAACAGUUCCCGCUACCUCAGCAUGUCGCAGAGGGGAAGGCAAAGAAAGGCCCACGCAAGGGUCGUUUUAUCUGACAAUUUGUUGUUGUUGUGUUCCAGAAAUGUUGAUUUGUGUUGAUUUGUUAGAGGGAAAGGGAGCGAGCUUCGCGCUUCGCUCCUCCCCCCCGCCUCUCCGUGGUGUGUGGUUGUGAAUUAUUGUCGGGUUUUAUCGCCGGGGCUGGUGAUGGCGUUUUUGCUCGUUAGAGGGAUUGUGAAAUACCAUAUGCAUAUCUUGCUUGUCGAAUCGGACCGGGUCGUAUGUCGAGGAGAGAAGAAAAGGCUAGGGAGCGUACCUACCCGCAGGUAGGCACUCGUGGUAUAUCAGGCCGUUCGGAGUUUUUUCGUUUGACUGUGGGGUUUUGGCCUUGACGGGAGCCUGAUUUUCUCACUCGUCGUGGAGAACGACAUGUUGUCUGCUGCGGACGGUCUCGUACAGUACGUUGCCUGUGCGGCACAACAUUCCUGUCUGAGGCGAUGAGGUUUUGUGUGCACCGUAUUUUAGAUAGAAAUUAUACGUAUGACGGCAAUCAAGUUUGAGAUCGUACCCCGACUGAAGGGAUGCGUUAAGUCUUCACAGCAGGGCACAGCAAAGAUCGACAGAAUGCCC